AUGGCCAUGGCCGCUGCGUCAUCGAUGCAAACACCCUCCUCAUGCUUUGAACGAUACGAGCUUUGGAAGUAUCCCAGCUCGCCUAUGUCCUUCUAUGCGAACACCGCGCGAUCCACGACGAAGGCGGAUAUUUUCAGAGCAUUGAGUAGUUUACUCACAAAGUCAUCUGCAAUGCGUGCACAUGCACAGCCAGGCAUCAAUGUCGAUGUAGCUGCUGAUCCAGAAGCCAAUUUUGCGCCACUAGCACUACAGACUCAGAAUAUCGAUGAAGUCCUGGAUCCAAUAUCACUUGAUGAGAUCGACAUAGCAUUUGCGCUACUGAAACGCAAGACGGGCCGUGGAACGGGUGCUAGUUGA